CUCUGACGGGCCGUUAUAAGGGAACUUUGACAAGUUCCUCUCAGUUCCUCCUGGUCCCGAACUUGGAUUUGAACUGUGCAGCAGCUGCAGGUCUUCUUCUCCUCUAGGAAACUUUGAAGCUAAAGCUACCUGACAAUGGGCGACUGGAGUGCUUUGGGCCGCCUUCUGGACAAGGUCCAGGCUUACUCCACUGCAGGGGGGAAGGUGUGGCUAUCAGUACUCUUCAUCUUCAGGAUCCUGGUCCUGGGGACUGCGGUGGAGUCAGCCUGGGGAGACGAACAGUCUGCGUUCAAAUGCAACACACAGCAGCCUGGCUGUGAGAACGUGUGCUACGACAAAUCCUUCCCCAUCUCCCACGUGCGCUUCUGGGUCCUACAGAUCAUCUUCGUGUCCACGCCCACACUGCUCUACCUGGCUCACGUCUUCUAUCUGAACAGGAAAGAGCAGAAGUUCAACAGGAAGGAGGAGGAGCUUAAAGCGGUGCAAAAUGAUGGAGGUGAUGUUGACAUCCCGCUGAAGAAAAUUGAGAUGAAAAAGCUCAAGUAUGGCAUCGAGGAGCACGGCAAAGUGAAGAUGAAAGGGGCCCUGCUCAGAACCUACAUAGUCAGCAUUUUCUUCAAGUCUAUGUUUGAGGUGGGCUUCCUGGUGAUCCAGUGGUACAUAUACGGCUUCAGCCUAGCUGCAGUGUACACCUGUGAGAGGGCCCCCUGCCCCCACAGGGUGGACUGUUUCCUGUCCCGUCCCACGGAGAAGACGGUCUUCAUCAUCUUCAUGCUGGUGGUGUCCAUGGUGUCCCUGAUGCUCAAUGUCAUCGAGCUCUUCUACGUUUUCUUUAAGAGGAUCAAAGAUCGCGUGAAGCUCAAACAGCCCCCCAUUCUGUACCCCAAUGCAGGCACGUUGAGCCCCACCCCUAAAGAACUGUCCACCACUAAGUAUGCCUACUAUAACGGCUGUUCCUCUCCCACCGCCCCACUCUCACCCAUGUCCCCCCCUGGCUACAAACUGGCCACAGGGGAGCGGGGAACCGGCUCCUGCCGAAACUACAACAAGCAGGCCAACGAGCAGAACUGGGCCAACUACUCCACAGAGCAGAACCGGCUCGGCCAGACUGGUGGAGGAAGCACUAUUUCAAACUCCCACGCCCAGGCCUUUGACUUCCCCGAUGACACCCACGAUAAGAAACUGUCCUCCACAGCAGGACAUGAGCUGCAGCCACUGGCACUGAUGGACGUGCGGCCGUGUAGCCGGGCCAGCAGCCGCAUGAGCAGCCGAGCAAGGCCGGACGACUUGGACGUGUAGGCCCUGCGUCACACCCGCCCCCCCCUUCAGACAUGUGGCUGGAAACCCUUCAUCACAUGUAAGAUCCAAGUGGGGGCGUAACCUCAAUCACAGACUCUUAGUCACUCAGAGACAUUUCAUUUGUUAUGUAACACUGUCAUAGGUACAAGUUUUAUUUUAAAUAUUUGUUCAAUAACUGCUGGUUGAGAGAAGACUAACGGCCGCUGGAUUACUGCUCUCAGUUGCCAAGGUUACAGCAACAUUCUUUGUUCCUGCUUUCGGUGACAGCAUUCCACUUCCCAUCCCACUCCUGAAGGUAGACGAUAGGAGCCUUCUUAGCUGUUUUCUGUGACCAGAUCAAAAUGAGCCUUUUCCGCUUAUUCUGGUUCACUUACAUUCUCUUUCUGUCAGCCAAUCAGCACGCCACUCUGUUUGGAGUUCAAAAAGUGAUCAAAGAUCAACUCUGAUCCGCCAUUUCUAAGUUGAAGGUAACUGUUAAGUGCAUCAGCUUUCAGGUUCAAAUCAAACACCUAGGAUGUACACACACACACACACACACACACACAC